AUAAAGGGGGGAAAAGUGUCAAAACGAAAAAUGCCCAAUCCAGCCGAAUUUCCAUCUCCACUAAGUCCCCACCCUUAAAAACCACCCUGUAUUCACCUCAUUACUCAUAUUAUUCACCCUGAUGGAUGACUGAUGAUAAUCGCGCUAACGAGCCCUCAAUCUAAUUGAACCAAACCUAAACAAACCCUCAAAGCCAUGCAGCGCGUUCGGGUAUACGUGAGGUUCUUAGCCGACUCCCUCCUCUUCUUGCGCCCUUUAGAGGGUUCCGGUUCCAAGUCCAAAGGCAGCGCCCUCUACAGGAAUGCCCUCAUUUUCUACACAGUGGCGCUGCUAGUGGCCAGAGGCGUCAGCAUGCACUUCUUUUUGAAGUUCUCCCCUUUGGAGACCACAGUGGUCUGGCUGGGGCACUUCACCACCUAUCUCGCUCUUGCGGCCAAUGCUCUCAUCACCUCCAACCUCAUCAGGAAGGCGGAUCAGUUGAGCCGGCUUCAGAAGAUUCUGAGCAAUUUGCAGGUGAAUGUUCACAGCAACAGCUACUGGUACGAGUUGAGCCUGCUGCUCAAUAUUAUACGUGCUGUCGCAGCCGUCUCCCUUUUUGCGCAAGACGGCUAUGGGUACGGAAAAGUGACAUCUGUCAGCUACCAGAUUGCGCGCGUCCGCAUCGAAAUGAGCAUCGCGCAACUGGGCUGCGCCAUUCGCUACUUGACUUCUGUGUUUGACGCAGUCAAUCAAAACCUCCGU